AUGACUUCGCCUGUCGAGGCUGCCUCCUCCGCCGCCGUCGCCGCCGCCGCACCCACUUCUCCAGACGCCAGCACCCCCUCCAUCAGCCUUCCAGGCAACGAAAUCGAAUCCACACGCUCCGGCGAGAGCUCCCAAAGUUCCAAGUCUGAUAGACGAAUAUCGUUUUUGGGCGGGGAUGCUCCCAGGAGAAAAUCUGCACAGUCCAGUGGUUCGGACAGCCAGGCGCCUGAAAGUCUUGUUGGAAAUGGGGGAAGACAAACACCAACCCUAGGCAGGAGAAUGCCUUCUCCGCCGCCCCCUAGCUCCUACCACCGUGGUGUAUCAUUUGACACCUUUGACAAUCGAGACGCCUCCGAUUUCUCCUUCACGCUGAACUACAAGCACAAGAAUUACCAGGCUACGCGACGGGGCCGUACCUUUCUCUGCGGCACUGAUCAAAAUGACUAUUCCGAGUUCGCUCUCGAGUGGCUUAUUGACGAGCUGGUGGACGACGGCGACGAGGUGAUUUGUUUGCGGGUGGUGGAAAAGGACUCGAAAAUCGCCAGUGAUGCCAGCGUCGACGAGGGCAGAUACCGUCAAGAGGCGGAGAAUAUUUUGAAACAAGUGAUGGAAAAGAAUCAUCAUGAUGAAAAGGCCAUCAGUCUCGUGUUGGAGCUUGCUGUCGGCAAGGUCCAGGAGAUUAUCCAGCGAAUGAUUCAAAUCUACGAACCGGCGAUUCUGAUUGUCGGCACCCGCGGCCGCAACCUCAGCGGAAUGCAGGGCCUCUUACCAGGCUCUGUUUCCAAGUACUGUCUCCAACAGUCACCCAUCCCCGUCGUGGUCGUGCGGCCGUCGACCAAGCGCGAGAAGAAGAAACAAAAACGCCUCGCCGACCCGAAUCGUCGCAGCUACGGAAACAUCCUCCAGCUCAGCGAGCAACGAGGCAGCGGGUUAUUCAGCAGCCCACAGGUCAAGCGCGACACCAAUGUCUCCAAACAACCGGACGAAGAAGCCGCCGCCGUCGCCGAAGCCGUUGGGCUUCCUCGCCGCUUCCGACAUGCUCACACAGGCAGCGACUCCAAAUUGUCCAGCGCGGGGUCAGUCGACGACGACAAUAUCCGCACCGAAACGCCACAGCCCUCACCACAAGAAGAAGACGACGACGAAGAAGAAGAGGAAGACGAAGAGGAUAUCACUGUCAACACCCGCGUGCUGAAAAGCCCGGGCGUAUCCAAUUUCGACACUCCGCCAGAUAGCGAAGAUAGUGACAGCGAUGGCGAGGGAGGAGGCGGUGCAAUUCUAGAAAAUAAUUCAACGGAUUCAACAACCAACCUAUCAUCAUCAUCACCAAAAGCAACAGCAGCAGCAGCAGCAACUUCUAUUACCACCGACACAGACGAUACCGAUACCGAAACGGUCGUUCCGAAUAAACUUCAGCUUGCGGAUGCUUCAUGA